UUCUCUGGUGUGUACUAUGGAAGGAGUGUAUCUUUCAUUUGUUUUUCUCCAACCGUGUCCGAAUCAUCUUCCGUAUCUCGUUGCGGCGGCUACGCUGUUGCGUUCGUUCCGGAGUUUUUCCGUUGGGAAACGGGUUGAAAAUUAAGGUUUUUUUUAGCUUGACCCGGUGAAGUGAUCGUCCGGUCUCCGGUACCCGGUCCGGUGUGUGCGUGUUUGCGUAGGCGGUAGGCGGAACAUGUGCCACAGUUUUCCGGCACUGCCAGGCACGACGACGACGACGACGACGACAGCAGGUUGAGAUCUUCCGGCAGGCCACGGUCUCGGUCCAGUCCGGUUACGCGUCGGCUAGACGGUGUGUGCUAAAUCGGAUUUGUUGUAUUUUCGGUUUCGGUCCGGUGACGACGACGGGUGGUGGAGCAGCCGGCGGACGUUGGCAGAAUGUUGGUACCACCGGAGAUGAUUGCAGUCCAAUCGAAGACCAUUUUCCAAAUCAAUAAGUACUACGCCGAGAAGGUCCAGAUGCGGAUGGGAAACAUUGCCCGGGUGAUUCGGGAAAUUUGCAAAAUCGUACAGGAGGUACUGCGAGAGGUUGAAGUGCAGGAACCACGCUUCAUCUCCAGCCUGGUGGAGUGCAAUGGAAGAUUCGAAGGACUCGGGGUCAUCUCGCCCUCCUUCUUCGAGGUGGUGCUCUACCUGAACCAGAUGGGUGUAUUUAACUUUGUAGACGACGGUUCCCUACCGGGAGCGGCCGUCCUGAAGCUAAGCGACGGCCGCAAGCGGUCCAUGUCACUGUGGGUGGAGUUCAUAACCGCAUCCGGGUACCUUUCGGCACGCAAAAUCCGCUCCCGAUUUCACACUCUAGUCGCCCAAGCAGUUGAAAAGUGUCCCUACCGGGACAUGGUAAAACUAGUACCGGACACCACCGAAGUUAAGCUGAAGAUUCGCGAGCGCUACAUCGUACAGAUAACACCGGCCUUCAAGUGUACCGGCAUCUGGCCCCGCUCGGCAGCCCACUGGCCGAUUCCGCACAUUCCGUGGCCCCACCCGGCACUGGUCGCAGAGGUGAAAUCCGAAGGCUUCGACCUGCUGUCCAAAGAGAGCGUAAUCCUGCAGGGUAAGAACGCCAACAUCGAAGGAGAUGCGUGGAUUCUGCAUUUCACCGAAGCGGAGAAUCGGCUGCUCCAGGGAGGCUACCGAAAGCGCUGUUUGAGUAUUCUGAAAACGCUUUGCGAUCGACAUCUGGAUCUGCCGGGGGCACCGAUUUCCUACUACCACCUGAAGACGCUGCUGCUGUACGAAUGCGAGAAACACCCGCGGGAAGCCGAAUGGGAUGCGAACUGUAUUGGCGAUCGGUUGAAUGGAAUCUUUUUGCAGUUGAUUUCCUGUCUGCAGAAUCGACGCUGUCCGCACUAUUUUCUGCCGAGUUUGGAUUUGUUUAAGGGCAAAUCACCGACGGCAUUGGAUAAUGCAUCGAAACACGUUUGGAAGCUCUGUCGGGACAUUUUGACUAGCAGCAAGGCGUUCGAUCGACUGUAGGAAGCGAAGGAUCAUAUCUCGAAAGUAACAAAUGUAUACGAACGGAAGUAGAGGAAAUUUUAUUAGCUAAUGUUUAAGUGUUAUUUGUGGGGCAAUUAAUUUUCUCGAAAAAAUCUAGUGAUAGUGCAAAGGUGUAAUGAGUUAAACUUAUGACUAAUUUGCAGUAAAGAAAGUGCACAUAAACGCGUCAAAGUACCAACAGCAGCAGUUUUGUGUGUGUUGGUGUCAGCACAAAAGGGUGACAUUUUGAUGCGUUGUUUUUAUGUUUCGUUUGACAGAUUAUAUCGAAUAACUUUAUUUAUAUGUUUACAACUUAUUAUGCGAAAUGUAAGGCGCUUAUUCAAAGCAAAUGUGUAAUAAAGUAGAUGUAGCGAAACAAUA